AUGAAACAAGACAACGCGGUUUGGUCAUUCUUAUGCUCUAAGCUACAUCUUACUCCUCCUACGCUGUUUGAUGAUGGUUUAAGAUGGUUGAACGCGUCUGCUACUGAUGAGUUUGUGUCAUUGAUCAUUAAGUUGGUGUAUCAAGCUUUGAUCUAUUGUAUUUGGAAGGAGAUAAAUGCAAGGAUUCAUGCUCCCUUGAACAGUGUAGCCUCGGCAAGAACAUCACAAGCUGUGAUUUUUGAGAUAAAGCAGACAGUGCAGGGUCGUUUGGACCCACUUUCUAGAGCUCAUAAUUCGCGUAGGAGGGAUAUCACUUUGCUAGGAACUUGGAUGAGGAGCUUCUAG